AUGCAAGUCGCACAACAUCAUCCAGUGCCUUCACGGCAAGAACACACAACUAAUCAAUGGCAAAAUGAACCAAUGUAUUCAAGAACAACAACAACAGCAACACCAAUGUCAAAUCAAGUUUAUCAACCUUUAGCAUUUUCUAUAGAUGAUCGUUUAUCACAACAACACUUAACACAACUUGAUUUAUGUUCAAAAAAUUUAAAAAAAAUAGAAAAAUUACCAAAUAAUAUUAAUUUUAAUGUUGUUUUACUUGAUUAUAAUGAUAUAACUAAAGUUGAACAUCUCGAUGUUCUUACACAUCUUAUUCAAUUAUCAAUAUCUCAUAAUCGAUUAAUUGAUAUUCGUUUAAUAAGUCGUUUAAAAACACUACAAAAAUUAAAUUUAUCCAAUAAUUCUCUUGAUUCAAUUGAUUGUCUUAAAACUUUACAAAAUCUUGUUAUACUUAAUAUAUCCGGUAAUAAUAUUCAUAAUAUUGGUGCAUUAAAUAAUUGUCAUUCAUUACAAGCAUUGAAUGCAAGUGAUAAUUCUAUUCAACAUAUUGAAGAUCUUUCACAUUUAACAUCACUGAAGUAUUUAAAUUUACAUAAAAAUCUUAUUGAUACAUUAACAUCAAUAUCAAAAUAUUGGCCAAAAUCAAUUCAUACAUUAAUCAUAUCAGAUAAUGAAUUAAAAGAUUUAACUGAGAUUUGUUAUUUAUCAUCAUUAAUUGAUUUAAAUACAUUAUAUAUUCAUAAUAAUCCAUGUUUAUUUGUUAUUGAUGAUCGACAUGGUUGUCAUCAACCAUUCGAUUAUCGACCAUAUAUUCUUAAUUGGUGUUUAACAAUUCAUAAUUUAGAUGGAAUAUUUAUUACAAGAAAAGAAAGUUUAAAAUCUGAGUGGUUAUUAAGUCAAGGUAAAGGACGAUCAUUUCGAUCGGGAGAACAUAAUGAUCUUGUUCAAUACUUAAUAAAAGUUUGUGGAACUAAUGCAGAAGAAAGAGAUGAUCUUCAUCUAUCACGUAUUAUGCUUCAACAAGAUUUAUAUAAACCAAAUGUUGACGAAACUUUGAUGAGAACAUCUAAUACAAUGAAAGAUGCAAAUGAUACAUUAUCUAAAGAUAGUCAAUUAAAAUUACAAAAAAGUUUACUUAUAUCUGAAUCAGAAUUUGUUAAACUUAGUUCAUCAUCUUCAAUAUCAACAAAUAAUGAACCAAUUAUAUCUGAUCAUCAAAAAAUAUCUUUUUCAAAUUCAGAACAACAAAUGCAAACACCAAGUCCUCGAUAUAUUCGAACGACAAAUCAUAAUGAUGAACAAAUAAUUGAACAUAAUUCAAAGAAUCGUUAUAAUAAUUAUGAUAAUCGACCUAUAAAACCUCUCGAUAAAAAUAUGCUUCAAUCAAAACUUAAUCAAUAUCCAAUUGAAAAUCAUUCAAAUGAUGAUAUAAAUAUUUCACGACCACGAGCUACAACUAAUCCUCAACAAUCUAAACAUACAUCAACACAACUAACAUAUAAUGCUAAUCGAUAUUCACCAAAAACUACUACACGUGGACCAAUAGUAUCAACAGCUAUGCAUGUUAAUAUUCGUACAAAAUCAAAUAAAAAUCUUCCUACACAACAACAUAAUCAAGCAAAACGUCAUACAAUUGCUGCGGAUAAUACAAAUACAAUUCAUUUAUUGAAUCGUACACAUCGUACAACAUCGACACUUAAGAACAAAAACAAACAACAACCUACUUCAAAUGAAAAAAAGAAUCUAACAGAUGAUGAAGAUGAAUUACAAUUAAAAUCUGCACCUGUCAAUACAAUAUUAUCAACUCAAAAUACAACAUAUAAUCGAGAAAAUAGUAUUGAAUUAAAAAAAUUAACAACACCAAUUGAAACAAUAAGAACAUCAGUUCUUCAAGCAUAUCUUGAUUUACAUGAACGAUUUACUAAAACAACAGAAUUACAAACAUCAGCUUUAGCUGUACUUUGGAAAAUGUUCGAUACACAAAAUUCAACUCAUCAACGUGAAACAGAAAAAAUACUUGAAGAAAAUCGUUUACUUAAUCAACGUUUACAUGAACUUGAAUUACGUUUAAAUAUUAAAUCUCGUACAUUAUAUCCACCUUUACGUGUACAUAUAUCAAAACGUGAUACAAAAAGUUUUUUUCUUCAUUGGAUACCUAAUCCAUUAAAUGAACAACAUUCUAUUCUUGGUUAUCGAAUUUAUAUUGAUAAUAUUUUAAAAAAUUCUAUUCAAUCAGGAAAAUUUGAAACAAUUAUUGAUUAUAUUUAUGAUGAAGGAGAAUAUAAAAUAAAACUUCGUACAUAUGAUGAAUAUAAUGAAUCAGAAGAUUCAAAUAUUAUUGUAGCAAGAUUUCGUCGUCAACAACCAAUAACAUUACAGUCAGAUUCAAAUUCAUCUGAAAUAAAAAUCAUUCAUCGUAUUCAAUCAGAUCCUAUAAUGAAUAAUACUAGUCAAAUACAAUUGCAAGAAAAUUUAGAUAGUUCAUCAACAAAUGAAAUACAUUCAUCAAUUAUUAUAAAUAAACAGCCAGAUAAAACAACAAAAACUUCUGAAGAGCUUAUUUCACCUGUUAAAUCAAGUCCUUCACAUUCUAAUUAUGAUAAUAUCAUUAAUCGUAAACCUCCAAAAUCGCCUAGUACAAGUCCUAAUCGUAUUGAUAAAACAACAACUAAUGAAUCUUGUAAUAAAAUUUUAUUUACGAAUAAUUCUGAUGAUAUAUCUUCAACUACUACAACAAAACAUAGUCCUAUAGGAACAGGAAUUAUGUCUCGUCUUUCUAAAAGUCCGCAUAGAAUUAAACGUAAUGUUCUAUUAAAUGCUUUAACAAUAAAUCAAACUCCUAGUCCAAUAGAAACUGUCGAUACAAAUCAAUCAGAAAUCAAAUUAGUUGAUCGAACAAUAAAUUCUCAAGUUGAAUUACAUAACGGCAGUAAUCAUGAUCAUUUUCUAGCUCAACAGCUUAUAAUACCAUCAAAUUCAACAAAUAUUUCUUCUUCUACUUCGCCUCCAUCACCAAUACCUCCACAAAAUAAAAAUAUUCUUCUAAAUUCACUUGAUCAUAAUUCUUUUUAA